UUCUCUAUUGUUUAUGACAAUUAUUACAAGCUUCACACCGACGCGUCACCGUCGGGUUUUAUUUUAAUUUUAUAAUUAUAAGUGACAAAGAAAAUUGUGAUAAGUGUGAUUUUUAUACACAUCUUGGUGAUAAUAUUAGUGAUAAGAUUUGUUAAGUUAUUGUUGCAACGUGGAAAACAAACGAGCUUACCCUGCCUGCAGUGCGUGCCACGAGCCCCAGAGUCCCAGCCAUUAGAUUGAGUGGAGUGUCCCCUGUGCCCACACGUAGCCCUGUACGCAGCCAAAAUUCCGCGAGACACAACGGACACCUCCUCCAGCAUGGAACUGGAGAAAGCCCCUACUCUCCAUGAAGAAGACUCGAAAGUUACCCUCACUAUCAGACUGAUUAUGCAGGGGAAGGAAGUUGGCAGUAUUAUUGGCAAAAAAGGAGAGAUUGUUAAAAGGUUUAGAGAAGAAUCUGGAGCCAAAAUCAACAUAUCCGAUGGAUCAUGCCCAGAACGUAUUGUCACUGUUACUGGCAACACAAGUGCUAUAUUCAAAGCAUUCACGCUUAUAUGCAAAAAAUUCGAAGAGUGGUGCUCGCAGUUCAGCGAGGGCGGUGGCGGCGGGUCGCGCGCGCCCAUCACGCUGCGGCUGAUCGUGCCGGCCAGCCAGUGCGGCUCGCUCAUCGGCAAGGGCGGCUCCAAGAUCAAGGAGAUCCGCGACGUCACCGGCGCCAACAUACAGGUUGCAAGUGAAAUGCUACCAAACUCAACAGAACGAGCAGUCACUAUCAGUGGGACCUGCGAUGCUAUCACACAGUGCAUUUAUCAUAUCUGCUGUGUUAUGUUAGAGAGCCCACCGAAAGGCGCCACAAUUCCAUACAGACCAAAGCCAAAUGUCGCCGGCCCAGUCAUAUUAGCCGGUGGACAAGCGUACACAAUCCAAGGAAACUAUGCUGUACCCGCACAAGAUGGCGUGUGCGCGCCGGUGUUCCCCCUGCUGGAGGUGAAGCCGCCGCUCGUGGGCGCGCUGCCGCCGCACCACCUGCUGCCGCCGCCGCUGCACGAGCACCACCUCAUGGGUGGUCUGGCUAAGUCACCUCUGGCCGGUUUGGCCGCGUUGGGUCUCGGCGGACUUGGUCCGGCCAACGCUGCCGGACUUAAUCCUGCAGGUAAACAGAGCCUAACAUUAGCAGCCCUAGCGGGGUCCCAGCUGCGCACGUCGAAUCAGUCGCGCAACCAGCCCGCCACCAACCAACAGUCGCAUGAGAUGACCGUACCCAAUGAACUGAUAGGCUGCAUUAUUGGAAAGGGAGGUACCAAAAUCGCUGAAAUCCGACAAAUCUCCGGCGCUAUGAUCCGAAUAUCGAAUUGCGAGGAGCGCGAGGGUGGCAGCACUGACCGGACCAUCACUAUCUCUGGCAACCCUGACUCCGUGGCACUGGCCCAGUAUCUCAUCAACAUGAGGAUCACGAUGGAGACGGCGGGGCUGCCGCUGCCGGGCUACCACUACAUCGCGCCGAACCACAUCGUGAAGGCGCCGAUCCAUUGAAUGGGGCUGCGCGGCCAGAAUCCCGGCGCCGCGUACAAGCUGUACCCCGCCGACCGCAACAUUCUGACGCAGCCGCAAUACGGAACUCUGGCUCCGGUAUAUUUCUUCAAGUAAACGUGACCAAAACAAUCUCUCUAAAUCGAGGUGAAGCUAUUGGCAACACAUCAUACCCACGCUGAAUGUAUGUUUACAUUUGUUACGAGUUUAUAAGUAUUUUAGAUAUUCUUAUAUUUAUUCUCCACUGUAAUUGAUUGAUUGGAGCAGAACAUGUCAGUGAUUUAUAUAUCAGUAAGACCAGGGGAAGGGGGUUUGAAAAAUAAUUAUAUUAAAAGAAACAUAUUGACUGACAUUUUAAAAUUUGUACUAACCCGUGAGCAGUGAACGUGUAAUGUCUUCACAAAACACUUAUUUUAAAUAGUUGAAUAUUUAUAUUAUUUUCCGGUUCAUUGCUCACGGCUUAUGAAUUUAUAACAAAGUAUGCAACAGGAGUUAGCUAAGCUGAUCGAAUUUACUAUGGAUUUAAGCGGUUGAGUAUAUCAAUUGUCUAUUGGAUUUAUUUUCCAUUAUGAUCAGUACCGACCACAAGUAAUAAUGUUCAAAGUAAGUUUAAUCGAGUGUCGGCGUACAUUAGGUAGACGUAGAUGCGUUACUAUCGACCUCGGACCCGCUGGCGUAGCGUAGAGUUAGAUUAGCGAACAGAGUGAGAGGGUUUAAAGACAAUAUUUGUAAAUAAAAUAAUCGUAAUUACCUGGGGAAUUAGGUAUUACAGUAAUAGUUGCGGAGCAGGACGCGACGCGGCGAUACGAAACCGAUGGGAUCAAAUCCUUUAAGAAACUUACUUUAAAACGAAGACAGAGGAGAAGUGAACAUUUCAGUAUAUCAUUUUGAAUCGUCUAUGAUCACAAAAAAAGACGUUAGGUAUAAAAAAUAGUGUUGCUAAAUGUGAUAGUCUUCUAAUUUAUUUAUCAUUUGAACUUAUAAGAUCUCUAUCGUAUACACAAUGUGUAGGAUACAUCGGCUGCUCGAAAUUUAAAGUCGAAUAAUUAAUAUUGGUCUAGGGAUCAAAGCCAAAGAUUGUUAAAGUUUGUUUAACAUUAAUAAUGUUGUGGAUUUAUGCUAAAUUAUUCUGAGAGUAGUUAAUGUUUAGUAAUGUAAUGUAGAACGGUUGAUUUGAAUUAUUUUAUCACCCUCUCCAGACUGCUCAUCGUAUUUAGUCUUAGAUGAAAUAUAGUCUUGUGGUAAUCGAAAUAUUUCCAAAAAAGUAAAAAAAAAUACACCUAGGUUAAUUUAGAGUAAGAUAACUAUAGGACCACUGUAUUGAAAGCUUUCCAGUGAAACGACAUUCUUCAUGUUAAAAUUCGAACAGUGCCAAGUCACGACAAAAUCUAGUGCCAAACUAUGUGAAUAUCAUCCUCGCUAAUAAGGCGGACGUGUUUACUGAGUGUUGUAUUGAAACACGUACGAGUAAAUAACAAUACAAGGAUCAUGUUUAUAGAAAAUGUAAGUGAUUACUGUAUUAUCCACUUCUUAUUAAUUUUGCACCCUAGUUGUAAGAGUAAGCGAUUAGACUUAAUAUUCUCGAAACAUAUCCCGAAUACAUAUUUCCCAAGUCUUCCCCCGCAGUAUUUCACUAAUGAAUGAUUGUGCCAAAGUUGUGUCGAAAUUUUAUUUAUAUUUAUGUGUUAAUGUGACGUCGUUAUAGUACUAUUGGAAGUUUGUUGUUGUUUCGUUCAAAUCGUCGGUCGGAUAUACUAGUCAAAUUGUUCUGAAAGUAGAAAAUGAAAGAAAUUCUUUAAUGCUAGUCAAAAUUUAUUUUAUUAUUGGUGUAUUUUCGUUAGGUGAAAAUUAUUCAAAGUUUAUUUAUUUUUGUUUGCACCUUUUAAAUUUUUAACUAUUUUUGUGUGCUUAAAGUAAAAUAACGUAGCAAUAAAAUUUUGAUAAAAUCAAUUAUUUAUAGUCUAUUAAAUUGCAAUUAAGACAAUGUAUAGAGCUUUGUAAAGUAAGUACCACAUAGGUAUAAUAGAAUUAUUAUAUAGAUAUAAAUUUGUGAAAAGAUGAUUUUGAAAAAAAAAUAGUAAUUUACUAAUGAGGAGAGAUUUCAUAGCUGUGAUUAACGUGGACGCACUUUUGUGCAAAUAGCUACGUCAGGAAGUCGUUAUCGCGCUAUGGGAGUAUUGAUGCAGGUAGUAGUACUUAGUGCACGCUUAUAGUUGAGACGGGAGUAACAGCGGGGCAGGAGCGCCACUCGACAAUCAAUUGACAAAGGCAAUUGUAAUGCAAAUAUUCUUUCAGAUAAAAGUAAUUAUUCAUCGGUGUUGUCAAUGAUAAUAAUAAAACUUAGGACAAUGCAAUUUUUUAAAAUUAUUAGCAAAUAAUAGAUAGAAUUAAUUUUUUUCAUUACUUAUAUCCUUGUAUUACGUUCAGUUGUAAUUAAUAGUAAUCAAUUGAUAUAAUCUUUAUUAUACUCAUUAUAUAAUUAUAGUAAAUAUUGAUUCGUAUUGUUAUUGUUAUUUUGAUUUGCUCAAUUUUGUCAAUGUUAAUGUAAGCUAGGCUGCGAAAAGAUGUUUCGUUUGUUUUCUGUUGUUCACUAAGCAAUAUUAUUUAGUACGUACUAUGUGUAAGUACGACUUAGAUAUACAUUAUACAUGUUUAAUGCAUAUUAUAAAGCAAAAUUAUUACUUAAUUUUAGUCGCACCUAAUAUGCUAUAGUCGAGAUACGUAUUUAUCACUCAUGUUAUAGAUAAUUAUUUACUACUUAUUUACUCUUUUAUUAAUUAUCUUUGAGCUUACUAUGUUACUCUGUCUGUUAUGUAUCGUGCACUAUAGCAUAUUUCGAAGUCAUUCUAAAAUACAGUUACUUUAUAAUAUCGAUGAUUUUAUUAGAAUUGGGGUUUUUGAAUACAGGAAUGUUUAUUUAGGUAAAGUUGAGAAUAGUAUUACUGUGCCAUCAGAAGUAUAAAAGAUUUUAAAGUGUAAGCUUGUCAGGGCUAGCGAAUUUUUGAGAGACAAACAUGGUUGAUACAAAGACAUUGCUCGUACUAACGGAACUUGGGUGGUCCAUUAUUCUGUAUGCUCUAUGAGAUUAUUUUAUUACAUAAUAAUUAUUUACUGUGAAUUCAGAUAUGAGUUUUACUCUCGUUGUUUGUAUGUUUCAAAUGUUCGUAAUAUAUUUAGGACACUAAACUAAAAGUUAGUGCCUUUUGUUCUUAGAUUUUCUUCAAAUUAUGUUAAAGUGUAAGUUGUACGAGUACGUACGUGUUUUGUAUCGUGUUAUGAAUUAUAUUAGCCUUUAUUGACAGGGUCAGACUGCGCUGUAUAAUAGUGUAAUUACAUUCAAUCUUAGCAAAUAUUUAUAAAUGUAAUAGUGAAUUUCUUUACAAUUUUCGUGUUAGCACAUGUAUUUGAAAUUCUUAUUGCACUGUUUUCGAGGAUCCCUUAAAUUUUACGGUUUAUGAUAUUAAAAUUUGACAUUACUACAUUCUAUAUUUAAAUAUUUUGGAUAAAUAUGCUUACGACGCAUAACACUUCGUUCGCAAUUUAUUGAUGAGAGUUGAUUGCGACAAACAUUACUAUACAUACACAUAAUAUUUUGCUAAGUCUUAAAAAUAUAUAUCCACAUACAGGUUCGUUACAUUUGGGUAAAAAGGGUUGUGUAAUUUAUUAUGCAUAUACAAUAUCCAAUUAUAUAGCUUCGAUCCCUUUUAAGUACACUACGAUAAAAGUAUACCUACAAUAAAUUAUCAUCAUCGUAAUACUGGCACUACACACCUGUAGUGAGCAGGGUAAUACAUGAGAGGGCUCCACAUAUGUUUACUUACACCGUUGUACGCUCGAACAGUAUUUAUCGAGAUUAUUCAAAUAACAUAAUUAUAUUUUAAACAUUUGCUUCAGGAUUCACCUUGUAGGAAUAAAAUACCGUAUUGUGACUAUUUUGAGCUAUGAGUGACGGGAUGUCGCCCUAUAAACAGCACAUCUCUUAAGAUAUGUCACGAUUACUUGUAUUAUUAUUAUAUUAAAAUGUAUUCGUGGGAUUUAAAACAUGUGCACUGUAAAUUAAACUAUGUGUUAUAUUGUAUUGCAUUCGUAAAAACGUAUUUAAGUACGUACGUAGAUAAUCGUAUGUUCCAAAAUGAUAUUAGAUCUGAAAAGUAAAUUUCUGUUAUAAUAUUGUGUAUGUGUGUAGAAUAUUAAUUUGACAGUUUCGACAAGUGUUUAGUAUUAAAGUUAAUAGUAAUUAUUGACUGAGUAUAGUUAAGAAUUGUAAUAUCAAAAAAACAACAAAAAUAUCUGAUGUUUUUGUUUCACUGCUGUUUUUUCAAUAAGCAUUUAAUUUUUGUAUUCACUUUGAUUAGUAAACAUAGGAGUCUAAUGUUAUACAAAUGUUGUUUGAUAUUAACAUACGACUUUAUUCGUGGAAAUCAAUGUCAUAAAUAUACUGACAUUUGAGACUUUGAAAGUAUUGUCUUGUAAUUAUGUGUGAUUGAGAUCUCUGAUGGCUAAUAUCUAGUCAAUGUAAUGUUAUGGAUGCCGCGUCCGCGGUAAUCCUUUAAUGUUGAUAUAUUUAUGGCGCUGAAUACAGCAAAAAUCAUUACACGCCAUGCAAUAAAACCCAGUACCUAAUUAAAAGUUAGAUGUAUCUAGAAACGAUUGAUUCACGUGCGUCGGGCAACGCGGCACUAUUAGACGAGUGCGGUUGUAGAGUACCUACCUGUUAAAAUCAAUUUAUUGAUUGGGUUUAACAGGCGAUGAAUAGUUGUGCAGCUGCCCGCUGACAAACGUAUAGGACCUAGCCGAGUAGCCGCGGAGAUGUUAACGUGUUGUUGAGUGAGAGCUUAUCAUAGUAAUAAAUUGGUUGUGCGGUUAAAUUCACUUAGCGUUCGUUUGCCCAGAUGUCGCCGCGAAUAGAUAGGGACUGUGCAUAGUGAAAUAAGAAAGACAGGCACAUAUUUUUAUCACUUAAUAAUGAUACAUGGUUUAUCGUUAACCGCUUCUAAUGUAUUGCAGAUGCAACAUGUCUUAUAAUCUAAUAUUACGUUCUCACACUCUAGAUGUUCACAUGUCAUAUCUUUCGAAUAUCACUGUAAUUAUCUACAUAUCUAAUCGUUUUGUGUAUUGAAUUGAUUAAAUGUUAUAUGAAUAUAAAUGUUGUACUCACAGUUACAGUAUACUGUCAUGAGGUUCAUUUCAAUAUGAUAUUAAUGUUUGUUUUUCAUUAUGUUAAUUCAAUAAAGUGUGUAAAUAAA